UCCCUCCCCAGAUGCAGACACAGCUCCAUCAGGCUUCAUAUCAUGGAAUUGACUGAUUUUGAUGCACUUUAUGGAUCUAUCGAUGGACUUGUGCUGGGUSAAGUCUUUGGGUAAUUUAUUCGGGUAGUCCGUGUUGUUUUCUUGCCUUGGGAAUACUUUGCUGGUGUGGAUGGACAUCAAAAGUGCACAUGCCACUUUUGGGAAGCCAUUGGAUUUAUUUACUUCAUCCUCGUGGCAUUUAUCGGCCUCAGGAAUCUCUCGAUUAAUCGGAUGAAAUAAGAAGUGAGGAUGUAUGGAAUAAACCAGCGCUAUUUUUACAUAUCGUUUAAUUUUUUCAUUCUGUGGUGUCACGCUCAGGGGGAGAAUCACUCGUCUCCUAAUUUUAACCAGUAUGUGAGGACGCAGGGCGCAACGACGGACCAGCUCAGCCGCAGGCAGGUCCGGGUCUACCAGCUCUACAGCCGAACCAGCGGGAAACACGUCCAGAUCCAGGGGAAGAGAGUCAGCGCCACUGCGGAGGAUGGGAACCUGUACGCUCGCCUGUUUGUGGAGACUGACACCUUCGGCAGUCGAGUGAGGAUACGAGGUGCAGAGAGUGGGCUAUACCUCUGCAUGAACCGGAAGGGAAAACUUGUUGGAAAGCCCAACGGCCGCAGCAGGGACUGUAUCUUUACUGAGAUCGUCCUGGAGAACAAUUACACGGCCCUGCAGAAUGCAAAGUACGAAGGCUGGUAUGUGGCUUUCACCAGGAAGGGGAGGCCCAUCAAAGCCUGCAGRACAAGGCAGAACCAGAGAGAGGUCCAUUUCAUCAAGAGGCUCCACAUGGGCCCGCCUCACUUCCCCAACACGGACCAAAGCAAAUUUGAGUUCAUCCGAUUUCCGCCCACAGGUCGAGCAAAGCGGAACCGGAAAUCACGUACCUCUGAGUAACAAUCAGCCAAAGCAGUGGACUGGCUAAAGCUGUGAGAA